UAACCUCACGCGUCCGUGCGACUCCGACCUCCAGCACCUCGCGAGACCCGAAGUCUCUGGCUCUGUCUACUUCGCCAGCGCCGCCGAUAGCCAAAUCCAGUCCUCCCCCCUUCCACUCCUAGUUCUAGUCCCCCUCCCCUCAACUACCCUGGACUGGCGUGGAGUGAAGAUCCAUCUGCGCUCGAUCCCUUUGGCCUCUAACGAAUCCCUAGCUGGUUGAUGUGAGAGGUUUACGGACGGAACCCAGGGCUCGUACGCCGGGAUGGCCGGAAGCAGCCUCUGGCUGGUUCAGUUGGCCUCCCUUCUUGUCAUCGGAUUCGUGCUCGGCUCCGUCGAGGCCAGCUUGGGUGACACUGAUCUGCAGUACAGAACUUGUGUGGAGGAGUGUCAACGUACAUCGAGUAUUGGACGUAACAUCAUCAGCCACUGCCAGUUCCCUGAGAACAACAGCACAUCUGCUGAAAGUUCUUGGUACUCACAGGAGCCCCUUUACAUGCAAUGGAAGCAACUAAACUGUAUGACAGACUGCCGCUACUACUGCAUGGUGCAAAGAGAAGAGGAAAGGCAAUCACGUGGCCUCAGACCAGUUAAAUAUCAUGGAAAAUGGCCCUUCAUACGUGUUUCUGUCUUCCAGGAGCCCCUCUCAGCUGCACUGUCUGCUAUCAACUUAUUGAUGCACUUCACUGGUUGGCUUUCAUUCUUCCUGCAAGUGAAUUACAGAUUACCUCUUAGACCCCAGACUAAGAGGACAUACUACGAAUAUACUGGCUUGUGGCAUAUCUAUGCAAUAUUAUCAAUGAAUGCAUGGUUCUUUAGCUCUAUAUUCCAUACUAGGGAUAUCGACUUGACUGAGAAAUUGGAUUACUCUUCAGCUGUGGCUCUACUUGGAUACUCUUUAAUCCUCUCGUUGAUAAGAACUUUCAAUGUCAAGGAUGAGGCUACAAGGGUGAUGUUUGCUGCACCUAUUUUGGCAUUCGUUACAACACACAUCUUGUAUCUUAACUUCUAUGACCUUGACUACGGAUGGAACAUGAAAGUAUGUGUGGUGAUGGCUGUGGUUCAACUUCUUGCUUGGGCAAUCUGGGCAGGUGUAACCUGUCAUCCUUCACGAUUCAAGCUUUGGUUCGUUGUAUUUGUAGGAGCUCUGUCCAUGCUUCUUGAAGUCUAUGACUUUCCUCCAUAUAAGGGAUACGCUGAUGCACAUUCGCUGUGGCAUGCCUGCACUAUUCCUCUCACAUAUCUCUGGUGGAGCUUCAUUAAAGACGAUGCAGAAUUCCGUACCUCAACACUUAUUAAGAAGGCAAAGUAAGGCAGGACAGAUUGUUAACUUAGGUCUCGAGGACAUACUUGCUAUCAUGCGUCAGCAAAAGCUCGUUACGUUUGAGCUCGUCCCAUUAACCGAAACUGGUUGUUCAUCGUUCAGCCUCACUAUUUUGGUCUGUGAACUCGGCAUAUUGUUUCUGGCGUAUCUUUUGGUUUUGUCCUCCUGAUUUGUAUUUUAAUGACUUGAACAAUUGUUCUGUAAUAGAAAAGACAUCAUCUUUAUGUUAGAAUUAUGUCCCGGAGGCAACCACCAAGAUUAUUGUACUCUGUUAUGCUCAUGAUAUUAAUGGACAAUAUGUUAUCUUGUUCCUUGA